GUCGCUUUUGGCCGAUCGAGGUGUUGCUACGCACCUGCCCGGCACCAGGCCCAGGUGCCUGGAACCCAUAACUCUCUAGUUCCUGUACCGCCCGGAGGACCCUUUGAGAGCCCGGAGAUGAACCCAGUGGUCUUUGAGGAUGUGGCUGUGGACUUCACCCUGGAAGAGUGGGCUCUGCUGGAUGCUGCUCAGAGGGAGCUCUACAGAGAAGUGAUGCUGGAGACCUUCAGAAACCUGGCCUCAGUGGAUGAUGAGACUCAAUUUAAGGCCAAUAGGUCAGUUUUUCAGCAGGAUAUUUAUGGGAAUAAAAUAUCCAAGGAAGAUAAAAUAACAAAAUUUUCCAGAAAUUCUUGGGUCUCCGUCUUAGGAAAAAUUUGGGAGGAAUUUUGUAUUGAAUAUCUGCACUCAAACCCAGGGAGCUAUCUGAGAAACCAUGUGGUGGAGAGACUCUGUGAAAAUAAUGAUCAGUGUGGGGAAGGCUUAAGUGAGAUUUCCAGUCUUAAUCUGUAUCAGAAAACUCUUCCUGAAGUAAGACAGUAUGAGUGCAGCGCACACGCGGAAGUCUUCAGGCACCAUACAUCCGUCGGGAGGCACGUUGCCAUUCACGCUGGACACAAACCAUAUCAAUGUCAGGAGUGUGGGCGGGCCUACAGUUACUAUUCACACCUCAGGGCGCAUGUGAGAACCCACAAAGGGGAGAGGCCCUACGUGUGUAAGGUAUGUGGGAAGACCUUUCCUCGUACUUCUUCCCUCAAUCGGCAUGUAAGGAUCCAUACUGCAGAAAAAACCUAUGAAUGCCAGCAGUGUGGGAAAGCCUUCAUUGAUGUUUCCAGCCUCACUAGUCACGUGAGAACGCACACUGGGGAGAAGCCCUAUAAAUGUAAGGAGUGUGGGAAAGCCUUCAGCUAUUCCUCAACUUUUCGAAGACACAUGAUAACGCACACAGGAGAGAAGCCCUAUAAGUGUGAGAAGUGUGGGGAGGUCUUCGGCUACUCCUCAACUUUUCGAAGACACAUGAUAUCACACACUGGAGAAACACCACAUAAGUGUGAGGAAUGUGGAGAGGCCUUCAGUUACUUCUCAGCUUUUCGAAGACACGUGAUAAUGCACACGGGAGAGAAGCCCUAUGACUGUAAACAGUGUGGGAAAACCUUCAUCUAUCUCCAGUCCUUCAGAAGACAUGAAAGGAUUCACACUGGAGAGAAACCUUAUGAGUGCAAACAGUGUGGGAAAACCUUUGUUUACCCCCAGUCAUUCCGCAGACACGAAAGGACUCACGGUGGAGAGAAACCCUAUGCGUGUAACCAGUGUGGGAAAGCGUUCAGCCAUCCCUCAUCCUUCCGAGGACACAUGAGAGUGCACACCGGAGAGAAGCCUUACGAAUGCACUCAGUGUGCAAAAACAUUCAACUGGCCCAUUUCCUUACGAAAACAUGUGAGAACGCACACUAGAGAGAAGCCCUAUGAAUGUAAACAGUGUGGAAAAGCCUUCGACUUGCCUGCUUGCUAUCGAGAACAUGUGAGAAUGCAUCCUGAAGACAAAUCGUAUGAAUGCAAACUGUGCGGCAAAGCUUUCUAUUGCCACAUUUCCUUACAAAAACACAUGAGGAGGCACACUGCCGAGAAACUCCAUGAGUGCAAGCAGUGUGGGAAGGCGUUCAGCUGGCCCGAACUUCUGCAGCAGCAUGUGAGAACGCACACUGCAGAGAAACCUUACGAGUGUAAGGAAUGCGGCAAGGUCUUCAAGUGGCCAUCCUCUUUACCGAUACAUAUGAGAAUGCACACAGGAGAGAGACCUUACGAGUGUCAGCAGUGCGGGAAAACCUUUAGCUGUUCCUCAUCCUUCAGAAGACACAUGAGGACGCACCCUGCAGAAACACAGUGCACAUUUGAGGCAGGAAGUCCUCCUGCAAAGGAGUAUGUGCGUGACGCUUCAGAACGUUCGCACCAGGAGAGAAAUUCUGUGAAAGUCGUAAAUGUGGUUUUGCCUUUGUGAGCACCUCAUCAUUAAAUUGGACCCAUAGGGCAUGUAUUUUCGGUUCUUCUGCAAAUAAACAUUUAUGUGAAAAAAAUAACUCUCCAAGUACUCUUAGCUACAGUAAACACAAUAGCUAAGAGUUUCUGUUGUGUUUUUUUCCUUACAUUUCAGUCUACAAGGCUUUUAUCUUUAGUUUGUGGACUCAUAGAUGAUUAAAAGUGUAUUUUCAAUAUGUAAGUAGUUAUAAUUUCUUCUUUAAAUUGUUCUUGGAACAAUGACACUUUAGUAUUUGUUGGACUUUGCCUACUGGCUUCAUGUGGCAAGUACUGGGUAUCACCCUUCAUAUAUUUUCUACCUUAUUCAGAGUCUUUAUUUUUGGCCAGAGGAGCCUUAUUCUAUUUUUAUUAUAGUUUUUGUAAUUAUAAUAUUAUGUGAGCUGUUGUUUGCAUUUUUUUCUCAUUGCUGUUUAUUUUGCUUGUGAUUAGGAAUUGGACGGUAGGCAUUCACAAGAGACAGUUAAGACCACAAGAUAGUGAGUUUCAGAUGGUUCUUUUGGAUUGUGCUAUGUCAACAAUGUUGGAAACAACAUCUCCCAGAAUCCCUUCCCGUUAUGAUUCCAUGUUCUAAUUCACCAGUGGCCUAACCUGACAUGAGUCUUGGGAGGCAGAAUUGAAGAAGCCAUUACUGAGUUUUUGGAACCACUUUAUUUAUUUUUUAUUUUAAGUUUUUAUUUAUUUAUUUUUAGAGGGGAAGGGAAGGAGAGAGGGAGAGAAAUAUUAAUGCAUGGUUGCGUCUCAUGUGUCCCCUGCCGGGAACUGGCCCACAACCCAGGCAUGUGCCCUGACUGGGAAUCAAACCACAAUCCUCUGGUUUGCAGACCCACACUCAAUCCACUGAGCUACGCCAGCCAGGACUUGGAACCACUUUAAAGUGUGAUGGAAAGAUGCAUAGGGACUUCUGGAUACCAGAUUGCAGCCCAUUUCCCUGAUUUCUUUUCCCUAGUAAUCAAGAAUAUCAAAGGAAUCGUCAAGUUCUUGAUUUCCACAUUUCUCAGAGGUAUAGGUUUCCACAGAUAGCUCCACAAGCUCUGAAUCAAGGACCCACUUGUGUGGAUAAAUAAUUCCAAUCUGGAUUUUUCUAGAAACUGUAAGGUGUCUUCUAGACUGUGAAUUCAGACUCAUGGUUCUUGACCUCUAAUGCUAUGAUUCACCCUCUUCUCUGGAAGUUAACAUAGUUUCAUUUCUAUGGUCCAAUUUGUAUUAGCAAACACUGUGUUCUUAAUACUUUCAGUGGCUGGCUGAUCCUGCAUUCACCACAAAAACUACAGUGUUGCAGCAAAAUAAAAGAACACUUGGGACUUUGUUAAUCUGUUCCAUUUUGAAAUGUGUUGCUCACCCAGCUUGUCCUUGUGACAACAAAUACCUUCCUCAUAUAUUAGAUUUUGGGAGAUUUCUGUUGCACAGAACUAGAUGCAUUUCCAUCACAUAAAUUUAGUUAUGUUUAUGUGUCAUCAAAAACAAUGUGUGUUUUAUUUUCAAAGAAAAUCUGUAGAUAUUUCUUAGAAAUAUUGUGUCUUCAAAUCAGUUGUAUACUAUUUGUUUCCUUGGUCUGCUCUAACAAGGUACCACAGCUGGGUGGCUUGGGACAACAGAAAAUUUUGUCUCGAUGUUCUGUAGGCAGAAGUCCAAAAUCACAGUUGGCAGGACCAGCCUCAUCUGAAGGUGCCGUGGAAGCAUCUGUUCCAGCUCUGUCCCAGCUUCUGGGAGUUCAUUGGCUGGUAGCAGCUUACCUCUAACCUUCAUGGGGCAUUCUUCUCCCUGUGCGCAUGCCUGUCUUGUAAGGACACCUCAACUGGGUUAGGGCCAACCCUUCUCCAGUAUGACCCAAUCUAGAACAAGGCCGUUGUCUCCCCAUGACGCAUCCCAUUCUCCAGAGCCAUCUAAAUUUCUUUCCAAAUAUAUUGGUAUUUUUCACUCUAGUUUUCUAACCAGUAGUAGUUCUGCCAGAUGAACUCCUGAAUGAUAAUUGUCCUAGGAUGUAAUCCUUUAAAUUGUGAUCACUGAUGUUGAAGGGAAAGCACAGACGACCCCAAAAUGGCUUUCCAAAGUGUCUGCGAUGUCAUAGGUUCAGACCAUGCCAUCUUGUUAGUUUUCCAGUAGAACGCGAAGUGAAACUGCUAUUGUGGCAAGGGUGUGAACACAAUUUACAUUUCAAUGUAAAGUUAUUCAAUCUUCCUAUCAUUAUUUCAGUAAAGCUUUGCUUCCAGAUA